CUUCCGUCGUCAUCUCGGCAAACAAGCUCCGAUAAACGGAUUCAGAUUUUCGUUAUUCAUUUAUCACAGUAGGAAAACCGUCGCUCAUCAUGGGAAGUGAUACAGUUGAAAAGAGAGAAAAUAUUCAUGGCACCAUGCUGCGAAUACACUUCAUGAGAAUUGCCUACGUGACCGUGUCAUUACCGGCUUUCUCACUACUCUUCUGCUUUCUGUCGGGAAUCACAUUCCGAUUUUAUGAUGUCAAUGAAACAGUUUGCAAAGCCACUAAUGUGAUACCGUCGAUCAGUGCUAUCACAGGAAUCCUGCCCCAGGCCUAUGUGUGGCGCAUUUGUAUCGGACUGCACUCCACACCCAGGUUUGCUGUUGGCAUCAUGUACUACAAUCACUACAAGGAACGCCUACGAUUGAUCAGUCCCCAGUAUCAUAGACUAUACCUCAACCUGCUCCGCCUCAACUUCUGGCUGUACACCAUAGAAAACUCUUGUCUGGUCGCAGUCACCUACAUCUCCAACAAAGAGAACUAUCCCCUCCAUGAGAAGAUCUUCAUAGUGUUUAUGGUAGCCUGUAACUGCUACAUGCUACUUAAUACCAUCAUCUAUCGGUGGUCAAGGGAUGCAACCAUGUCCGCUUCAGAACAGUUAUCCUAUAAAAUAAAGAAGUGGAUGUUUAUUGCUAUUAUAUCAGCGACUGGCGGACUUCUUAUUUUCUUUGUCAGACACAGGUUUUUCUGCAUUCCAUUUGCCUUCAGCUAUUUUUCUGCCUGUGAGUAUGUGAUAGCAUACACUAACAUGGCAUACCAUCUGAGUGGAUACUUGGAGUUUAAAGACUAUUAUUUCAUUGCGGGGCGUGUUAGUCCCGCAACAGAAACCAAAAAUGGUGAGGUGACCAGCCCAGUAGAUCAAUCACCACGGAAACCACUGGUACGGAGGAGGACAGGCGACAAUCCAUUAUAAUGUCAAUAUCUAUUAGGACAGACAAUUUAUUAUUCCACUUUUUCUCUAGAAGCACUUUUUAUAUGGAUCACCAGUUUCAUGUUAAGACUUGAAUCACACAUCAUAUCAGUUGGUGUCUGCAACUGGUUUUGAUAAAAAUGCAUGUUCACAACAGAUGGGGCUGGGCAGACAUGCAGACAUCUUCGCCUAAGCAAUACUUUAAAAUUCACUUUUUGAACAAUUCAACAUAUUUAUUCAUGACAGUUCUUCAAACUUUUUUAUAAAUUCUUUAAGGUUUUUACUGUUUUGUACUGUACUGUACUGUAACACGGUACUUAGUUUAUAGUAUUAUUGAUAUUUAAGUGAUUACGAUAACAAUAUUCAUUGCAAUGAACCAAAACCAUAUGAUAUGAUUCUCUAGAUAAUUUAUCGUGUCAUGUUCAUGUUAACUGAUGUUUUUUUCUCUUUUAUUCCUUACAAAUGUCGACUCAAUUUUUAGCUCACCUAGUCCUUUAAGGACUGGUGAGCUUAUGCUGUGGUGCAGAGUCCAUCGUCCAUCAGUAAAACAAAUUGUUUAAAACACGACUAUUCCUGAAUGGCUCAGUGGAUUUUCUGGACCAAAGCACCCUUUGGCAAAGGGGACUCCCUUUUAUAAAAACGGAGGAUGUGGUCCACCUUCGGGCAGAGUGAUUGGGUUUAAUAAGAACAUAAUUAGAAAUGUUUAAAAUCCUUCUCUUCCCUAAUGAAUAUUAGAGUUUUAACCAAAUUUUUGUGGAGAACAUCCUUGGGCAAAGGGGAUUCCAUUUGUAUAAAUGGAGGGUGCCACCCCUCAAGUGGUAGAGAGACAGGGUCCAAUAGGGGCAUUGUAGGGAUAUUUUAAUGUUUAACAUCCUUCUCUUUCCGUACCAAUUAACUGAUUUUAUCCAAAUUUGGUGUAGAGCAUCCUUAAGCAAAUUAGAAUCAAUUUUGUAUAAAUGGACGAUGUGUUCCUCUGAGAGCAAAAAGCCCAAUAGGAGAAAUUAAGGUAAAUGUUUUAACUCCAUGAACGUUCAGCAGGGCAGCAAGAAUCAAUGAGGGACAGGUACCGGUGUUGCUGAGAAACUACGCCAAUAUUUAGAAAUAGUUAAUAUUUUCCCAUGGUUGCUUACCUAUUAUCCAUGUGAGCUUUACAGGCCCUGUGGGCCUCUUGUUUGAGAACUGAACUUAAAAAGUUUAACCCUAUGAUAUUUACUGUUGGUUAUUAUUCUGUGAUGAAAAUGAGAUUUUUUUUGUAGAUAACAAUUAAGAUCUUAAAGGAAUCCUGGUUAUUUAUGAACUCAAGGUAUAUUAUAUUGAUUUGAAGUUCACAUUAACAAAAUAAAUGUUUUUUUUCUUAUAAAUUUACCGUUGAUUGGAGUUGAUCUGUAUUGUAGCUUAAACGAUAAACCAAAUAAAGUUUUAUUUAAAAACAUUUUUCUUCCAUUUGAGAUACGAUAACUAGUUUUACAUUUUUCCCAACACGUGUACCAACCUUUAAAUUGGCAUUACAAUUUUAUUAUCUUCUUCAAUUUUAAAAAUGAAAUCAAUUCGUUUACUGAAUUUUUGAUAUUGAAGUAACUUUCCAGGGUAUUUGAAAAGUUCAAAUACUGUUUGAGUAGGUACAGAAUAUAAAAUGUAGUAUGUAAAUGUACCUAUCCAACCAUACGACCACCACUAUGGUGAAGUGGUGUCGUAUGUUAUCCCUGUAUAACAAAGUGUUACUGUCAACUGGUUUCUUGUUGUUCUUGUAUAGGAUGCUUUAGAACCCUUUUACUACAAAGUCCAAUUCGGUUUCAUACUAUGUACACUGUAAAGAAACGUUGUGAGACUGACGUUCGUUAUAGAUUCAUUGAAACCUUGUUAAUCUACAAUGCUGCUUGUAUCUGAAUAUUACUGUCACCAAUGUAUACUUUGAAAACAUGAGAAAUGAAAGGUUUAUUUCUAUGCAUUGUAGAAGAUUCAUGUUAAAGAGUCCAUUAGGAUUUAAAAAAGUAUGUGGUAGUCAAACAUUUGGUGAAGUUUUGAAGAAGAAAACAGUUAUAUUUAUGAACUGGUGAUGUUUGGUAUAGGAGACACAUAAAUGAAAUAAAUACUUUUUGUUAAUUUAUUAUAUACAUUGGAGACAUAUAUUGAUAAAUCAUUGAU